AUCCGCCGCGCUGUCGUAACGCCACUGCUCUGGCACUGUAGGGACGUCGCGCAGUUCGAACGACAGCUGCCAGUAACGCGCCGCGCCGACCAUAUUUCUACGCUACGUUCUCCGACCGAAACAGGAUUAUCUCUCCACAGCCCUAUCGCGUCCUCUUCACCCUCCUCGUUCCACGUACGCCACCCUUCCUUUUCCUUUCUAGAGUUCCCCCGCGCGAUAUAGCCCCCGCGCGAGUGUGUGUCUUUAUCGAGAAACUCCCUCCCUACAACCCUUCCUACAACCAAUUCUCCAGGAAAGGAUGGCGUUCAACUGGAAAGUUGUAGAUUGCCUUACCUGCAGACAAGUGCUAAACAUCAUGGUAAUCCUGGGUUUCAUGUUGAACUACAUGCUACGAGUGAACAUGACCAUCGCCAUUGUUUCGAUGAUAGUCCCGGGCAACGACAGCUUGCACACGGCCGAUCAGAACGCGUCCAGCCACACCGAAUGCUUCGAUCGACCAGUCACGGAGAACGGCGACGUUACUUGGUCCGAUAAUGGAUCAACUGCGCCGAAUUCGUUCCCUUAUCCGUCGAAACGCCAGCCUUCUCAAAAGGAUACGACGGAUCAAACGAGGUAUCCCUGGAACGAGUAUCAAGUGAACCUCGUGUUGGGCAGUUUCUUCUGGGGCUACAUAUGCACAGAAUUACCCGGUGGAAGGCUCGCGGAAAUAAUAGGACCUAAACGAGUGUUCGGAUACAGCAUGUUGGUAUCCAGCGCUAUUACGUUUCUGACGCCACUGUGCGCGACCUAUGGGUACAUCGCCGUCGCCGCCCUGAGAACUAUUCUUGGCCUCAUGCUGGGCGCUACUUGGCCUGCCAUGCAGCCCAUGACCGCCCGAUGGAUACCGCCGAGCGAACGCAGCAAAUUUGUUUCCAAUAUGAUGGCCUCGUCGCUCGGAGCAGCGAUAACGAUGCCCUCUUGUGGCUUUCUCAUCGCUUCCCUAGGAUGGGAAUCCGUAUUCUACGUAACCGGAACGAUAGGACUCGCGUGGAGCGCGGCAUGGUUUCUCCUCAUAUUCGACUCACCUAGCCAGCAUCCGAGAAUUUCCAAGGAAGAACGUCGAUUCAUCGAGAACGCGAUCGGUUCUACCUCUACGACAAAGCGGUUGUCCGUUCCAUGGAAAUCCAUCUUCCUCGCGCCUCCUGUUUGGACCAUCGUGCUCACUCACGGGUGCAACGUAUUCGGCUACUUUACCGUUGUCAAUCAACUACCAACCUACAUGAAGUACAUCUUAAACUUUAACAUCAAACAGAAUGGAAUGCUGUCUUCUUUACCGUACCUAGGCAAAUACAUCUUCGCAGUGACAACGUCCUCUGUGGCCGAUUACUUGUUCAAAAAGAAUAGAUUGUCGGUAACAGCUAUUCGGAAGAUUUUCACUACUCUCGCUGUGCUAAGCCCAGGACUGUUGAUGAUAAUCCAAGCAAAUUAUGGAUGCGAUCGCGUUACCUCUGUAUCGAUCUUCACGAUAGCUCUGACCAUCAACGGCGCCGUGACAGCUGGUUAUCUCGGAAACUGCUUGGACAUCGCACCAAAUUUUGCCGGCACUAUCUUCGGCAUAAUGAACACUCUUGGCUCCCUAGGUGGAUUUCUCAGCAGUUACAUGGUCGGCACCAUCACGUAUAAGAAUCAAACUUAUGCUCGAUGGAGCAUCAUCUUUUGGAUACUCGCAUUUACGUACUGUUUCGGUGCCGUGGUAUUCUCCAUUUUUGGUACCGGUCAAUUACAAAAGUGGAACAAUCCCGAGGAAAAGCAGGAUGAGGAAAGGGUGAACGUAAAAGCGGAUGCAACCAAUCUGGGAGAAGAAUUCGAACCUCCGAAGGAGAAGAAGGUUCCUUAACGAAACUAUCGCAAGUAGAACACGGUGGUCCUUGUGU